UGUUCUGUUCUGCUGCCAGAAACUCAAAAACAGAGAUGGGCAAUGUAGGAAACCAUAGUUCAUUUGGUGUUCUUGUGGCCAGGUUCAUGGUCUUCUGUUCAUGUCUUUGUCUGGUUAUGAGCACAGAGGAAUUGCAGAGCAAGAUAAGAAGAAGACCCAAUUGGAGAAAACAGGUGGAAAACUGUAAUCUGUUUGAGGGGAGUUGGGUAAUCGACGAAUCGUAUCCUCUGUAUGAUUCAUCCGCUUGUCCCUUCAUACGCAAGGAAUUCGAUUGCCAGAAGUAUGGUCGUCCAGAUCGCUUCUACCUCAAGUAUAGAUGGCAACCAAAGGAGUGUGACUUACCAAGAUUUGAUGGUGAGGAUUUCUUAAGGAGAUUACAAGGGAAGAACAUCAUGUUUGUGGGGGACUCUGUGAGUGUCAACCAUUGGGAGUCACUGAUUUGCCUGCUCCAUGCUGCUGUGCCCCAAGCCAAUAUCACCCAUGAGUUAGCAGACUCCAUCUCCACCUUAACAUUCCAGGACUACAAUGUAUCAUUGAAGUUAAUGAAUUCUCAUUACCUAGUAGACAUCGACGAAGAACGCAUUGGCCGAGUUCUGAAGCUUGAUUCGUUAAAGAACAGUGAAAUAUGGAAGGACAUGGAUGUUGUGGUCUUCAACACUUGGCUAUGGUGGUACCGCAGAGGAACUGCACAACCAUGGGAUUAUGUACAAGAGGGGAACAUGACCUACAAAGACAUGGAUCGUAUGGUUGCAUUCAAGAAAGGGUUGACAACUUGGGCUAACUGGGUCGACUCAGUAGUUGACACGGCCAUGACCAAAGUCUUUUUUCAGGGCAUCUCUCCAUCCCAUUACAAUGGCACAGAUUGGAAUCAACCAGGAGUGAAGAAUUGUUUCGGCCAAACAGAACCUCUCAGUGGAUCAACAUACCCUGGUGGUUCGCCCGAAGCAAGUGUAGUAUUGAACCAAGUGUUGAGUAAUAUGUCGAAACCGGUUUAUUUACUUGACAUUACAAUUCUAUCACAGCUGAGAAAAGAUGCACAUCCAAGCAGUUAUAAUGGUUUUAAGGGGAUGGAUUGCACUCACUGGUGUCUUGCUGGAGUACCUGAUACUUGGAACCAGCUUCUAUAUGCAGCUUUCAUUGCUUAAUGGAGAAGGAAACAAGGAUGGAU